GACGUGCAUCGGUGUAGAUAUCUCGCGCGAGUCGAGUCAGCCCAGAGGGACUGACAGAACCGUCUGGAUAUCUGCAUAUCCGGAUUGCCUCCUCUCGGCCGCGUCACUCCCACCAGAUCGAUGCAACCUCACCAGCAGUCGAAAAACCACCCCCUCACACUCACUAGAGUCCCGCGAGAGACUAUCGAGGACGGACAGUCGGGUCUAGUGACAAUGGCGCGACACUAAACCCCACCGGCGCUGGCUGCUCGCCCACAUUCCGCCGCCCCAAAUAAAUACCGAGACAGGCGACGGCCGCCCAGCAAGGGAUCGCAGGAUUGCAACUAAUGCAGCCCCAUCCCAUUCUUGAGGCCAGCCCAGCAUGCCUGUCACGGUCGUCCUGCUGCUGCCCUUGCUGGCGGCGAUCGUCCUGAUCGCCCUCAAGCGCCGCUACGCCACUGCUCUGCGCGACCUGCCGGGCCCCUGGCUGGCCUCCGUGUCCAGCCUGUGGCAGGUCUACCAGCUGGUCAAGGGCCACACCGAGCAGGAAAUCAUCCGGCUCCAUCGGAAACACGGUCCGUGCCUCGCCGGCGACUGUCAUCCCUUCGGAAUGCUAACCGCCGCAGGGGACUUCGUGCGCAUCGCCGACAACGAGGUCAGCGUCGCCAAUCCCGAUGCCGUGCGGGCCCUCCUCCACGCCAACAUUGCCAAGGGCUCGUGGUAUGCCAUCUUCAGCCUGCCCGACUACCACUAUGUCAACCAGAUGUCGGAGCGCGAUCCCCAGCGCCAUAUCCGCAAGUCACGCAACGUGGCCGCCGGGUAUGCCCUCUCGAACAUCAUCCGGUCGGAAGCCCAGGUCGACGCCCUGCUGGCCCAGCUGGAGGCCCGCUUCGACGAGCUGAUCGCCGCGGGCCAGCCGGUCGAGUUCGACCGCUGGUUCAACUACUUUGCCUUCGACGUCGUCGGCGAGGUGACCUUCUCCAGCCCGUUCCGCUUCCUGGCGACGGGGACGGACAUCCGCCACGCCAUCGCCAACACGCGCGCCCUGGCCUUGUACAUCGCCAUCAUGGGCCACUACGUCUGGCUGCACAACCUGACCCUGGGCAACCCGCUGCUCAGCCGGCUGGGCCUGCAGCCCUCGUCGCACAUCUUCGACACCUGCCUGGCCGCCCUGGAGCAGCGGAAGCAGAACCCGGCCGUGAGGCUGGACAUGAUGGAGCGCUGGCUGCACGCGCGGCGCACGUAUCCCGACCGCAUGGACGAGGCCGAGGUGUUUGGAGCCGCCGUCGCCAACAUCGGCGCGGGCGCCGACACCACCAGUGCCACCCUGCAGGCCUUCUUCUACUACCUGCUGCGCCAUCCGCAGUAUCUUCACAGGGUCCGCCGCGAGGUGGACGAGGCCCGCGCGGAGCUGUCGCCGAUCGUGUCGUACGCCGAGGCAGCCAAACUGCCCUAUCUGCAGGCCUGCAUCAAGGAAACAUACCGCUUCCACGCCGCGACGGGCACCGGCAUGCCCCGGGUGGUUCCUGCAGGGGGACUCACCAUCGCCGGGCGGCAUUUCGCGGAGGGGACAGUCUUGAGCAUCAACCCGUGGGUGUUCCACCGCAACCCGGCGCUGUUCGGGGUCGACUGCGACGACUUCAACCCGGAGCGGUGGCUGGAUGCCGAACGGGCCAAGCAGAUGGACCCGUUCCUGAUUCAUUGGGGCGCGGGCUACAACCAGUGCCCCGGACGCAACCUGGCGCACUUCGAGGUGUCCAAGGUGUGCGCGACGCUGCUGCGCGACUUCGACAUCGAGGCCGUCGACCCCAAGCAGCCGUGGCGCUUCGAGACGCACUUCACGGCGGUGCCGUACGGCUGGCCGUGCUGGAUGCGCCGGAGGGCAUCUGUAGUAAGUAAGUGA